UACUGGCUAUAAUUUUUUCUAAAAUUCGUUAAUAGAUAGAUUUUUCAAGUCAGCCCAAAUUACUGUAACAUUAAAGUAUUUUGGACAUUUAAGAGGGGUUUUUUGAACCCUUCUGUGGAUAAUUCUCCAAAAAAACUUAUCAUAAGAGUUUGUUAGUAGGUUUUCGCGAUGCCAAAUGGUUGUCGGUCAACAGUCAAAACAAUAUCGUGCCCCGUCGCCUCAAACGGCGAAGCGAUCUUAUACGUAUGAUGCCCUUAUGCGAUUAAACAAUAUAGAUAAUUGUUUAAUUGAUAUGCAGAGAUCGCGGGAUGAUGUAAUAUCCAAUAUCGGACAGAUUUUAGAAAGGGAAAAAAACAAGCUUGUAUUGAAAAGAGAAAAAAGCUCAAGAUUAUUGCACCUUUCUCGAUAUCAUGCUGAAAUUGCAGACCAAAGUAAAGCACUAGAAGAAGAUCGCCGACGUAUAAUUACUUUGCGCGAGAAUAUUCGUUCCCGACGGGUCGCCAUGGAGGAAGCGAGAGAGCGUCAUCAAACUGGAAAGGAAUAUUUGGAGGAAAGCCUAAAGAUUUUGGAACGAGAUCGCAAAACCCUUUCCAUGACAACUUCCAAAAUCUGUACUUGUCAGAAGGAACUUGUUGCGGACUUGCUUAAUAUAUUUCCCAUAGAACCUACACAUACAGACACAUUCUCUUUUAAGAUUCUUGGUGUACCAUUGCCAAAUUCAGUAUUCACUGGUUGUGACGACGAACAAGUCGCUACCGCACUGGGGUUCACUUGUCAUCUCAUAAAUAUGCUCGCGUAUUAUCUCGGAGUUCCAUUAAGAUUUCCAAUGACACCCAUGUCCUCAAGGUCAUCAAUACGUGAUCCAAUAACAGCUUCCUUAGGAGAUUCAAGACAAUUUCCUUUAUAUGUCAAAGGAGCUGAUCGUUAUCGGUUUGAAUAUGCAGUCUUUUUACUUAAUAAAAAUAUCGAGCAGUUAAUGAAUUCGCAAGGUAUAAGCGUAAUUGAUUUAAGGCACACACUUCCGAAUUUAAAAUACCUUAUCCUCAGUUUGGUAUCAGGCCAAUCAUCGUCAUCACAUCAACGUAAACUUACUUCACAUAAUUAUACCAUACCACAUACAAUCGCAAGCACAAGUAAUAUCUUGUUUGAAGAGGAAGAAGGAGAAGUCUCAAAAUCAUCCAAUACAUCAAAUAAAAAUACUAAUGAAUCACUUCAAAAAACUUCUCGAGGAUUUAAAGUUGGAGUAACAUAAUAAUUAUUGAACUUGAAAUUAGUAGAUGAAGGACGCUUUUUUUUAUUUAAAUAUUUCAAAUUUUUUUUUAUUUAAUUAAUUAAGGGAAGGUAUAAUUUAAAUUAUGUACUGUAAUUUUCUUUUUUAUUUUGGCAUUGCAUACACUGUACACUUUUUUUUUAUUAAAUAAAUAAAUGCUUUCUUUCAAGUCAAUAAUGAUUUUCAGACUAUUUUUUUAUUAUGUCACGUGA